AUGAUUAUUCCAGUCAGAUGUUUUUCCUGUGGUAAGGUCGUUGGUGACAAAUGGGAAACCUACCUCUCAUAUCUAGAGGAUGACCACAUGAGUGAGGGUGACGCCCUUGACAGACUCAAGUUGAAGAGAUACUGUUGUAGAAGAAUGGUGUUAACCCAUGUUGACUUGAUUGAAAAGUUCUUGAAAUACAAUCCAUUGGAGAAGAAGGAAAUUGUUGAUGAAGAACGUGCUUACUAA